CGCGUUUUCACAUCUUCCCCUCACGUCGAAAAUAACCAGGACAUGGCUCCCAAGCGCAAGAGAGCUGAAGAAACUGCCAUCAAGCCAGCCAGCAAGUCUACGCGUAGUUCUACGCGCAAUAAGACCCUGGAAGACGAUGCGGAGACCAAUUCUACGGCUGGUAUAUCUGUGGACGAUGUGACAGCCCCCGAGGAUCCACCUCUGAAAAAGACUAAAAGAACUCCUGCAAAGACGUCGAAAGCCUCAAAAUCAAGUUCCUCCAGGAGUAAAGCCAAGCAACCUACGGUGGAUGAGGCGGCUGUCGGAGGUAUUAACACGAACCCAAAGUGAAGACGAUACCCACGCACGACCCCACGCUAAUGGAAACGCAGGCAGCAACGUGUCCCUCGAUUCAACAACCGCUAAAGCGAAAAGUGUGAAGAGCACGUCAUCCAGAGACCUCGAACUGGAACUCUAUACACCCUCUCGUGCGACUGCGUUGUUCACCGCUUAUGCAGACGAAGAAGAUUCGACAACUAUUGGUCCGGAAGGCUUCGAACGACUCUGCAACGAUGCGGAUAUCCCGUUGGAGGGCGCGAAGCCGUUGAUACUUGCAUGGCUCCUGAGGGCGGCUGAGAUGGCGAAGGUAUCCAAGACGGAAUGGGAAGCGGGCAUGGCAGAAUUGCAGAUAGGCAACACUGCCGCGCUCUCGACAGCUUUGAACGACUUUGACGAUCUCUUGCUUACGAGCAAGCCCGUGCUGAAACCCACCCACGCCAGCCCUGCCAAGGGCAAGAAGCCCGCGUCGGAACCUUAUAACAGAUCACGUUAUCAUGAGUCUGCCAAGGACAGGCGUAAGGCAUUCAGCGAACUCUACAUGUUCUGCUUCAACCUUGCGAAACCACCACAAGCUCGGCUUAUCGACAUGGAGACUGGCUCCGCGUUCUGGUCCGUUCUCCUUGCCCCCCAGUACCCCAUCAUGAAUGAAAUUCUCGCGUUUGUCACGGAGAAGGGAACGUACAAGGGCGUCAACAAGGACCUAUGGCAGAUGACGCAUGAGUUCUGCCGUACCGUCUCGCCCAACCUCGAGGGUUACGACGCAGAUGGCGCGUGGCCGACAAUGAUUGACGAGUUCGUCGCCUGGAAAAAGGGCAAGCUCGGCGCCGCUUAAAAGCCGCACAUCGUGAGGCGCACUUCCCUGUACUUCCUCCACCGUACUUCGCCUCCUGCUGCGUGCGUUGCAAUGCUACGUCACUCUAAGGUUCAAGCACGAACAUGCUCGUGCCAUAUACACCCUCCAUAUACGUUACCCACGUGCAAAUCCC